GAGGGGAAGGAAUGAGAGAGAUUAAGGAAUGAGAGAGAGAAAGGAUUCCUGCUGUUAGGUGGCACUGUUGAUUGGAAGAACGAGGAGGAGUGUGUGUGUGUGUGAGAAAGAGCAACAUCAUCGCCACGACACUGCUGUGAAAGCUGAGUCAUGUAAGGCAAGAGAGCGAGGGAACAGGAAAAGGAAGGGAGAGAAAAGAGGGCAUGGACAAAGAUAAUGUAACCAGAAGGAAGUAAGCAAGGAAACAGGGACAGGUGGGGAACGAAGGGAACAAGAUUAGGUGAAGAAGAGGGGAACUAAGCAUGAUGGAGAUAAAGAUGGUGGGGAGAAGAGAGCAAGCGAUGAGAGACAAAUACAGUUUCAGGGGAGAGGAGUGCACUGGAGUCAAGGCAGAGCGAGAGAUGAAACGGAGCAGAGCGUCGGAAAACCUGCGUACACACGAGAUGGAGAGGGAGAGGGGGAGGAGUGAAGAGGAGAGGAGAAGGGAGGGGUGCUAGCUGCUAACGUGGCGGGGAAGGAGGGAGAGAAAGGGGCUAUGCCAUCGGCGCAGAGUAACACUGGAGAUCAGCGCCAGACGCCAAACCCUCGGAGAGGCAGACGGAGCUCCUUUUCCCCUGAGAGGAGCAAGAGAAGGAGCAGAACAGAAAGCGAAGGAGGAAAAAUAAGGGGAGGGAACUCCAUCCACGCCUUCUAUCCUCAGCACCUACUUGCUACUCACUGUGCUGUGCAGUCUACUGUUGCUUCACUGGACUCCCUUAGACAGCCCUAGCAUAGCAGAGCGUUCGGUUCACACGAGAAGAGCAACUGUAAGUCUGUGUUUCUAUGUGGUGUCAGAGGAAGCUGUCAGCACUCGUCAUCAUUAAGGCUUCAUCCAAGGCAAGACCUGACGCAUCAUUAUUUCCUCUUCGAAGGAAUAUCCAUAGUGGAUAAGUCAUUAUCUCCAGCUCAGUAGGACCAUCUCAAAGGAAGAUACCAAGAGUUUGGGUUUGUUAUUGAUGACUGUAUUCACCACAUUAGCUUCUGGAGAAUGAAAGUGGACACCCACUGUUGGAUCUACCUUCUACAAUCCUCAUUCCAGUACCCCACAUCUACAGCUACGCCAUAUGGAAACGAUCUAAGAAGGGCUAGGUUUUUUUGAGUUUUUCAGUCCAUAAGGUUGCGAUUGGGCUUCUUCUCGGGAAAGGACUCUUCGACGCUAGCCAUGACGCCCAUGCAAAAGCUCCUCCAGUUGCCGGUGAACGCGAUGAAUAUGGUGAAGACGGCGCAGGACCAGAUGGGGCAGCAGGAUGAGGCCAAAAGCCCUGUGAUGACCCCGGAUGGCGGAAACCAUAACUGGUACAACGGGGAGCCCAACGACCCGCGCCACAUCCGGUUUGGCAGCGGAGGUGGAGACCAGGAGGAGCGGGCCCACCUGGAGGAAGGGGGAGGCAGUUUAUCCAGCCUUGUGACCCAGCCUUUGCGACAUGAUGACUUGAAAGAGAUGCUGGACAGCAACAAAGACUCCCUGAAGCUGGAAGCUAUGAAGAGGAUUGUGGCUAUGAUCGCCAGAGGGAAGAAUGCCUCGGACCUCUUUCCAGCAGUGGUGAAGAAUGUGGCCUGCAAGAACAUCGAGGUGAAGAAGCUGGUCUAUGUGUACCUGGUGCGCUAUGCUGAGGAGCAGCAGGAUCUGGCUCUGCUCUCCAUUUCAACCUUUCAGAGAGGCCUGAAGGACCCUAACCAGUUGAUCCGGGCCAGUGCUCUGCGUGUGCUCUCCAGCAUCAGAGUCACCAUUAUUGUCCCUAUCAUGAUGCUGGCCAUCAAAGAGGCUGCCUCUGACAUGUCCCCCUAUGUGAGGAAGACGGCCGCUCACGCCAUCCCCAAACUCUACAGCUUGGACCCAGAGCAGAAGGACUGUCUGAUUGAGGUCAUUGAGAAGCUCCUGGCUGAUAAAACCACACUAGUGGCAGGUAGUGUUGUCAUGGCCUUUGAGGAGGUGUGUCCUGAGCGCAUAGACCUGAUCCAUAAGAACUACCGUAAGCUGUGUAACCUGCUGAUCGACGUGGAGGAGUGGGGUCAGGUGGUCAUCAUCAACAUGCUCACUCGCUACGCCCGGACGCAGUUCCUCAACCCCAACAUGAACGAAUCCCUGUUGGAGGAGGGUGGUGGAGAGAAGGCCUUCUAUGGCUCUGAUAAUGAUGAUGACACCGAUGAUGAGGAAGACAAAGAGGAGAAGGAGAAGAAGAAGACUGAGGCAACUGCCGUUGUCAAGAGGAAGCCUUAUGUCAUGGACCCAGACCACCGGCUACUGCUGAGGAAUACCAAGCCCCUACUGCAGAGUCGAAAUGCAGCAGUGGUGAUGGCUGUGGCUCAGCUAUAUUUCCACCUGGCACCCAAAGCGGAGGUAGGCGUCAUUGCCAAGGCUCUGGUGCGCCUCAUGAGGAGUCACAGUGAAGUGCAAUAUGUCGUCCUUCAGAAUGUGGCAACGAUGUCCAUCAAGAGAAGGGGGAUGUUUGAGCCCUAUCUGAAGAGUUUCUACAUCCGCUCCACAGACCCAACCCAGAUUAAAGUCCUCAAGCUGGAGGUUUUGACCAAUUUGGCCAACGAGACAAACAUAUCCACCAUCCUGAGAGAAUUUCAGACGUACAUUAAAAGCAAUGAUAAGGACUUUGUGGCAGCCACCAUCCAGGCCAUCGGCCGCUGUGCCACCAACAUUGGGGAGGUGAGGGACACCUGUCUCAACGGCCUGGUGCAGCUGCUCUCCAACCGCGAUGAGUUAGUAGUGGCCGAGUCGGUGGUGGUGAUUAAGAAGCUUCUGCAGAUGCAGCCCGAGCAGCACAGUGACAUCAUCAAGCACAUGGCCAAACUCACCGACAACAUCCAGGUGCCCAUGGCGCGGGCCAGUAUACUGUGGCUGAUCGGGGAGUACUGCGAGCACGUUCCCAAGAUCGCUCCGGAUGUCCUGAGGAAGAUGGCCAAGACCUUCACCAACGAGGAAGACAUCGUCAAGCUGCAGAUCAUCAACCUGGCUGCCAAACUCUACCUGACCAACUCCAAACAGACAAAACUGCUCACUCAGUACGUGCUGAACCUGGCCAAGUACGACCAGAACUAUGACAUUCGCGACCGGGCGCGCUUCAUCCGCCAGCUCAUCGUGCCCACUGACAAGAGUGGUGCCCUCAGCAAGUAUGCCAAGAAGCUGUUCCUGGCCCUUAAGCCUGCGCCCGUCCUCGAGUCUCCAUUUAAAGAUCGAGACCACUUCCAGCUGGGCUCGUUGUCCCACCUACUGAAUGCCAAGGCCGGCGGCUACCAGGUGCUGCCCGACUGGCCCGAGGCCGCCCCAGACCCCUCUGUGCGCAACGUGGAGAUAGAGGAGGUCAUAACCAGCAGUGGGGGGCGGAUCGGCUUGCUAGGAGACACGCGAGAGGUUAUUACGCUGCUUGAAAGAGUCACAACUUUAACCAGCGUGCCAGAGUGGACCAAGUGCAGCAGCCGUGAGAAAAGGAAAGAAAAGAAGGCGGACAAGCCAUUCUACUCCGACUCGGAGGGCGAGUCUGGCCCGACUGAGUCUGCUGACAGUGCCUCAGACACAGCCAGCGGCUCAGAGAGUGGCAGUGGCAGUGAGGAGAGCGGCUCGGGAUCCGAGAGUGAGGAGAGCAACGAGGAGUCUGAGUCUGCAAGCGAGGAGGACGAGGAGGACGAGGGGAAGAAGAAAAAGAAGAAUGUGGAGAAGAUCAAAGCAAGGAAACCUGUUCCAGAAAGUGAAAGUGAGCAGAGCAGUGGAGAGGAUGAGAAGAAGAGCGAGAAGAAGAGCAAACCGCGGAUUGGUAGCUCCGAGUCAGAAUCCGAGGAGGACGACGAUAGUGAAUCAGAGAGCAGCGAGUCAGAGGAGGAGGAGUCAGAAGAAGAGUCAGAGGAGGAGACCAAGAAGAAAAAGAAGACCACAGCAUCUAAACCUCCAUCCAAACCACCCAAAAAAGAGAACAAGAAAGAAAAGAAAGAAAUGUCUCUGCUUGAUUUUGAUGACUUUGACCCCGCUCCAUCUCCGUCUCAAGUCACGCCCCUCAACAACUUCCUGUCCAGCAGCCUAGUGACAGAUCUGGAGGGCUUGUCCCUGACCGACAACGUUCUGUCCCCUACGACCAUCAUCCCAUCCGGCAACCUGAAGACCUAUGAGCUGCUCCACCGUAUCACCGGCGAGGGCCUGUCAGUGGAGUACUGCUUCAGCCGCCAGCCGUUCAGCCCCGACCCACACAUGGUGGCAGUCAAAAUCCAGUUCACCAACAGCGCCACCUCCGAGGCCAAGAGCCUGCACAUGGAGGACGCCAAGUUGCAGUCAGGCAUGAGGAUCAAGGAGUUCCCUGAGAUCGAGGUGUUACCUGCGGGUGAAACUCUUAGUGUGGUGAUGGGCAUCGAUUUCUGUGAUUCCACGCAGGCGGCCAACUUCCAGCUCUGCACUCACACCAGGAAGUUCUUUGUGUCGAUCCAGCCACCGGUUGGAGAGCUGAUGAUGCCAAUCUUUAUGACAGAAAAUGAGUUCAAAAAGGAGCAAGAGACGCUAUUACAAAGUCUAGGUCAGUUGAUGGGCAUGAAUGAGAUCACAGAGAAGCUGACCCUGGAGGAGAAGUGUCAGGGCGAGCACGCUGUCGUUCAGAGGGUUACCACUGCCGCCAACCUCAGCCGAGUGCCCUGUGGCUCAGACAAGGAGUGCAGCCCUCCUGUUCCUCCUCCCCCGUUUCCGAUUCACAGGUUCGCUGGGAAGACGGUGACCAGUGGCAGCCUUGUACUGGUCAGUGUGGUCACCAAAGAGGACGGGGCCGCCCAGCUGACGGUCAACUGUGAGAAAAUGGUGAUUGGCACGAUGCUGGUCAAGGACAUCCUUCAGGCCCUCACCCAGUGAUGACCCCUAACUCUUGACCCCUGACCUUUGACCCCAGCAAUUUCCUUCCUCUCCUACAGCUCGGUUCUGUCUCCCUUUGCUCACUCACAUACAUACAACCACACAUUCAUCCACUCCCCUUCCAAAUGCCCCCAUACUUAGAGUCCUCUUUCUCUUCCUUAAGAUACUGGUAGUCUGAUAAGAAUAUGUAGAAGACAUGUUUGAUCCAUAGCUCAAUUGAUAUUCUGCAUGUAAUGCAGGUUUCAAACAAAUUAUGAUGAUUUUUUUACUUAUACGAGAGACGCAAAUCUGGGGGAAAUAAUAGGCCCCACUUUGACUUUUAAAAUCACUUCCUACGAACCGUCGUAACAAAUUACAGAAUGGCAUUACUGUACACGAUUUGUAAAGACAAUAAGUCAUUAAGAAUCGUCCCAUUGAUCAAAUAAAAUCUGUGACGACGUUGAAUCAACAUGGAAGUAAUCAAUGUAAGGGAAUUUUGUCUUUUUUUUUACCCAACUUUUAACCUACAUUUUUUUGUUGAUUUCACAUUGAAUUCACGUUAACUCAAAAAUGUUUUAUUCAAAACUAGACAUUGAACUGAGGUCAGUGCCCAGUGGGAUGUUUAUCCUAACCUAAAAUCCUCCUUAUCAUUUGUCAUGACUGCUGUAAAGGUUUGACAUGCUCUCUUUAGCCAUAUCUACGAAUGGCUCAUGAUGUACAGUACAUUAUUGUCUGAGCGAAAGACUGCAAGUCCUCACCUAUACUCUUGCUAUACUUGUUUCAGCCAAGCGCAAAUGUACUAUGUAGAAAACACCAUGCCUUUUUAUAAAUGUAGUGUGGUACCAUUACACCAUUACCAACAUUACUUAGGUACAGUAACAGGGUAUAUCAUCAAGGAAAAAGUGGUCGCUCCUCAAUUUACUUUGGUCUGCUGAAUGUUCAAUGAAGUCCCCUUUUGAAUAGUGUAGCUCUCUAUUCUCAAUCUCUACCGCCUGGCCCGCUAAAUGUCAUACACAUAGAAUAGAUGUUAUUGAGUGGGACUCCUGCAGAUAAAAAUGAUAUACAGUAAAUGUGAUUGUAUGCAUUGCGAUAUUUAAUACAAAAACUAAGGUCUGUGUUAGUGUGUGUCUGUGUGUAUGAAUGAUUUCCAAACAUGACAAUGUUAAAUCAUCAUGGCCCAAGGCAAACUGUUCUGUAAUCAGCAGCUGUCUGUGUUUUCCUGCCUUUCCAUUGACUUUUGCAUAUACUUACUGUAUUUCCAGUAUAGGUUAAACAUGCUAUAUUUAAAGGUGGUUUCUAUCAUGCUAUAAACCCACUGAUGUUGUCAUAAUGAGACCUACGGAAAUGGAAAUGGGAUCCUAAGGAAACUGCGCUAUGCUGUCUUGGGCGCCAAUGGGUCACACCAGGUAAAGGGCCUUGCUCUGUAUAGGGGAGACACACCUGCAUAUCUCCGAGCUGCCUACGUGACAUAAGUGAAGUUAUUUAUUUGUUUAGAUUUUUUUGCCAUAGGAACAUGUAAUUGUAUCGUCUCACCAAAGGAGUUCAAUACAGCAAGCAUCAAUAACAGUUAUCAUAGAAAAUUGAAGAGUGAAAGAAAAGGGAAAAUGACAGCAGUUUUUUACUCCUUGAAAUUUGAAUUGUUUUAUUUGUUCAGUAUCGCACUGGUAAAUCUUUCAAGCUUGUGAACUUAAUUCACUGGUUUGUGGAGUCAUGACACAGUCAAAGAACAAAGGAGAAUUUAAGUUGAAUUUACAUGUAAUUUCAAAUUAAUUUUAUUAGUGGUAUGCAGACAAUUUGAGGACAUCGUUUGCUCAACUCAUACCAUUGACCACAUACCUUAUGAAAAGUACCUUAUUGAAAGUACUGUUAAACGUGGCAGUGGUCUAUUAUUUCCUCCCCUAAAAUACAAAGCUAUAUAUAACUUUAAAAGGUUAAACCUUCCUCUCAAAAUGAAAACUUUGCAAUGAAUUUAAGAUAAUAGUGGAUGGAGCAAUCCUUUAAAGGGUAUUGUUAUUUUAAUGCACACUCGCUUUCUCUUUCUGAUGUCAUGAUUAUGGUCUACCAUAUCUUCUGUGUGGUUAUGAAAUAAUGUGGUGUUUAAGCUUUAUUUAUUAUUCAAAUGAAAAUAUUGAAAUAAAACGGAUGAAAUGUG